AUGACUAAGCAUGAUGAAAGAAAAAGCACGACUAAAUCAAUUUUUAAAAUAUUUUCAUCUGCUGAUGAAUCUUCUCAAGUAAACAAUGAAAUUUCUCAGUUAAACGAUGAACCUUCUCAAUUAACUCCUCAAUUAAACAACGAAAUAUCUCAAUCGAAUGAAGAAACAUCUCAAUCGAAUGGAGAAGCUUCUCAAUCGAAUGAAGAAGCUUCUCAAUCGAAUGAAGAAGCUUCUCAAUUAAAUGAAGAAACUUCUCAAUCAAAUGAAGAAACUUCUCAAUCAAAUGAAGAAACAUCUCAAUCAAAUGAAAAUACUUCUCUAUCAAAUGAAGAAACUUCUGAAUCAAAUGAAGAAACUUCUCAAUUAGAUGAAGAAACUUCAAAAAUAAUCACUAAUGAACACAUAAAAGAAAUUAUUUCUUGGAUUAGCCCUUUACCUUACGAUUCAAAACAUGAGCUUAAAUUAAUUCUUAGAGGUAGCAGAGAUGGCUUUGAGAAAACCACUUUUUAUAACAAGUGUAAAAUUAUGGAUAAUACUAUAAUAAUUUUAAAAGUUCUAGAAACUGGGGAGAUUUUUGGUGGAUAUAAUCCUCUUACUUGGAAAGUAAUUAAGGGAAAGAAAUAUAAAGAAACCGGGUCUAGUUUUAUUUUUUCCCUAAAAACAAAUGAACAAUCCAAUUCUACGCUUAGUAGAGUCAAAAAUAAGGAUUUUGCAAUUUGCUGUCUGAAAGGUUUCGGUCCAUCGUUUGGCUUUUUAGAUCUUUUUGUAUCUAAAAAUGAUUUAAAAACUUGGGGAUGUAAUCAAUCAAAUUACGAAAAGGCAAUUAAGAGAGAAUCUCAAUUUCGAGAAUUUCAAAUAGAAGAUUAUGAAGUGUUUAGAUACGAACGGAUAAUAUAA